UUCCCGCCGUCUGGCUGCCAUGGACGAGGCGGACCGGCAGGUCCUGCGGCGGUGCCGGGUGCAGCUGGUCAACGAGCUGCAGGUGGCCCCGCUCUGGGACGUUCUGGUGACCCACCAGCUCUUCACGCCCGCCAUGAUCGAGGACAUUCAGCAUGCAGGCUCAGGGUCUCGGAGCGAUCAGGCCAGGCAGCUCGUCAUAGAUCUAGAGACCCGAGGGAGUCAGGCCCUUCCUUUGUUCAUCUCCUGCUUAGAGGACACAGACCAGAACAAACUGGCUUCAGUCCUGAGAGCGCGUCGGCAAGCAGAAAAGCAGAAUCCAGAGGUCGUCAGACCCCGGAACCCCAUGCCUGUGGUGGUUGGAGCAAUGGGCCUCACACCAGAGGAUCUCAGAGGGAAGCAAGGCCCAUCGAAGGCGACUCCCGGAAAACUCGCUCCAGUGGUGCUGGGGCCUGAGCAGCUCUGGUCAGCCAAGCUCAGGCCAGAGGUUCUCAGACCAGAGAUGCCCAGGCCAGUGGACAGUGGCUCUGGACGAUUCAGUGAUGUAUGUGCUCAGGAGAUUUCCAAGCAAAAUGCUGAUUUGGCCUACGCCCUGAACGCAGACCCCUGCGGCCACUGCCUGAUCAUCAACAACGUGAACUUCUGCCUCGAAUCGAGGCUCACGGCCCGCACCGGCUCCAACAUCGACUGUGAGAAGCUGCGUCAACGCUUCCACUUGCUGCAUUUCAUGGUGGAGGUGAAGUGCGACCUGACGGCCAAGCAAAUGGUCCAGGCUUUGGUGGAGCUGGCGCGGCGGGACCACAGCGCCCUGGACUGCUGCGUGGUGGUCGUCCUCUCCCACGGCUGUCAGGCCAGCCACCGCCAGUUCCCAGGGGCUGUUUAUGGCACGGACGGAUGUCCUGUGGCCAUCGAGAGAAUUGUGAACAUCUUCAAUGGAGCCGGCUGCCCCAGCUUGGGAGGGAAGCCCAAGCUCUUCUUCAUCCAGGCCUGCGGUGGGGAGCAGAAAGACCAUGGGUUUGAGGUGGCCUCUGCUUCCCCCGAAGACAGGACCCUAGGCAGUGACCCCGAGUCAGACGCUGUCCCAUUCCAGGAAGGCCCAGGCCCCUUUGACCAGCUGGAUGCCGUGUCUAGUUUGCCCACACCCAGUGACAUCUUUGUGUCCUACUCCACCUUCCCAGGCUUUGUUUCCUGGAGGGAUACCAAGAGCGGCUCCUGGUACGUGGAGACGUUGGAUGGUGUUUUUGAGCAGUGGGCUCACUCUGAAGAUUUGCAGACCCUCCUGCUCAGGGUGAGUGUGGCCUCCCUCUGGGGGAGGAGAGGGAAGGCGGCUGGGAGGCGCGUGAGUCGUCCUCUGGGCAGGCGGGAGGGUCCAGCAGGGCCCCGGGCCCACACCAGAGGGUCCUCGUGCACCUUGGCUUGCCGGGAGAGUUGGUGCUUCUGCUUCUUUUGAAUUGCAAGGUGUUACUGUUAUGGUGACAUUGGCCCAUUCAGAGGGCUGCCUUCCUGGCUCCUCAGAGGUCCCAGGCUGACGCUGGGAUCCCCGAUGGCAGGGCCAGUCCUCAGGGCAGGGCAGGAUGGCGCAGCGGCCAGAGCAUGGCAUUCCUGAAGGCGGUCAUGGGGCCUGCACCCUUCACCCCACCAUGUACUCUUUCAGGCUUGACGCUCAAGAAUUAUGAUUUCCUCAAUAUAUGCCCUUCUCAGGGCAGGGGGCCUGGUGAGAGAGCAGAAGCAUGGCCUGAUGGGUCCCCAGCCUCCCUCCGUGGAAUCCUGCUCAGAACAGCUGCCUCCUCCACGGUUCUCAGAGCUCACGUGGGCCUCUCCCACUUGCUCAGCUGUUUUGUGUCAUGAGAAGGUUCUAGAAGGGCUGGGGUCAUGCCUUCCUCCUGGGGAGGCUGUGGCUCUGUGCUUUGCAGAGCAGAACCAAGGACAAAGGAAAAGCAAGUGAAGGACUUGAGGGGGCCCCGUGUGCCGUGGCUCUGGGCCGGUGACCUCAGAGGCAGUGGGGGGCCGUGCGGGGUCAGGCUGGGAGUCCCUCGGGGCCUGAUCCCUUCUUUCAACUCGUCCUUAAGCGAACCCCUCAAUCUGAUUGGAACUAUGUGAAUUUUUGAAGUUUGAAAUUUUGAAUUUUGAGUUUUCUAAACUUACAGUGGAGAUAUUUUUCUUUAAACACCCUCCCUCCCAACUUGAGGAGACUGCAGGUUUUUAAAGUAGUUCUUAAGCUUUUAUGUAUGGACGUAUGUAUUUAUUGAAGUGUCGUUGACACACGUAGCGAUGUUCUGUGAGUUUCAGGUGUACGACAUAGGAGCUGGCCAUUCUGUACAUCAUGCCGUGUGUACCAUGAUAAGUGUAGUCGCCCUCUGUCAUCAUACAAAGUUAUUACAAUAUUAUCGACAUAUUCUCUAUGCCGUACUUUUCAUGCCCGGAAGUUUCUACCUCUUAAUCCCCUUCGCCUAUUUUGCCCAUCCCCCCACUGCCCGGC